AUGGGCCUCGCUUCUUCGUCGGAAACCCCGCACAGUGCGUGCGAGGCCAGGGUAAGACGGGUGGAGAAUGUCCCACCGACACAUGGCGAGGAGGAACGAAGAGAUCAAGCACACACCCUCAUCAACUACUCCUCCCCCAAUCAACAUACACCUCCAUCAACAAACACCCCAUCAGCACACACCCUCAUCAACUACUCCUCCCCCAAUCAACAUACACCUCCAUCAACAAACACCCCAUCAGCACACACCCUCAUCAACUACUCCUCCCCCAAUCAACAUACACCUCCAUCAACAAACACCCCAUCAGCACACACCCUCAUCAACUACUCCUCCCCCAAUCAACAUACACCUCCAUCAACAAACACCCCAUCAGCACACACCCUCAUCAACUACUCCUCCCCCAAUCAACAUACACCUCCAUCAACAAACACCCCAUCAGCACACACCCUCAUCAACUACUCCUCCCCCAAUCAACAUACACCUCCAUCAACAAACACCCCAUCAGCACACACCCUCAUCAACUACUCCUCCCCCAAUCAACAUACACCUCCAUCAACAAACACCCCAUCAGCACACACCCUCAUCAACUACUCCUCCCCCAAUCAACAUACACCUCCAUCAACAAACACCCCAUCAGCACACACCCUCAUCAACUACUCCUCCCCCAAUCAACAUACACCUCCAUCAACAAACACCCCAUCAGCACACACCCUCAUCAACUACUCCUCCCCCAAUCAACAUACACCUCCAUCAACAAACACCCCAUCAGCACACACCCUCAUCAACUACUCCUCCCCCAAUCAACAUACACCUCCAUCAACAAACACCCCAUCAGCACACACCCUCAUCAACUACUCCUCCCCCAAUCAACAUACACCUCCAUCAACAAACACCCCAUCAGCACACACCCUCAUCAACUACUCCUCCCCCAAUCAACAUACACCUCCAUCAACAAACACCCCAUCAGCACACACCCUCAUCAACUACUCCUCCCCCAAUCAACAUACACCUCCAUCAACAAACACCCCAUCAGCACACACCCUCAUCAACUACUCCUCCCCCAAUCAACAUACACCUCCAUCAACAAACACCCCAUCAGCACACACCCUCAUCAACUACUCCUCCCCCAAUCAACAUACACCUCCAUCAACAAACACCCCAUCAGCACACACCCUCAUCAACUACUCCUCCCCCAAUCAACAUACACCUCCAUCAACAAACACCCCAUCAGCACACACCCUCAUCAACUACUCCUCCCCCAAUCAACAUACACCUCCAUCAACAAACACCCCAUCAGCACACACCCUCAUCAACUACUCCUCCCCCAAUCAACAUACACCUCCAUCAACAAACACCCCAUCAGCACACACCCUCAUCAACUACUCCUCCCCCAAUCAACAUACACCUCCAUCAACAAACACCCCAUCAGCACACACCCUCAUCAACUACUCCUCCCCCAAUCAACAUACACCUCCAUCAACAAACACCCCAUCAGCACACACCCUCAUCAACUACUCCUCCCCCAAUCAACAUACACCUCCAUCAACAAACACCCCAUCAGCACACACCCUCAUCAACUACUCCUCCCCCAAUCAACAUACACCUCCAUCAACAAACACCCCAUCAGCACACACCCUCAUCAACUACUCCUCCCCCAAUCAACAUACACCUCCAUCAACAAACACCCCAUCAGCACACACCCUCAUCAACUACUCCUCCCCCAAUCAACAUACACCUCCAUCAACAAACACCCCAUCAGCACACACCCUCAUCAACUACUCCUCCCCCAAUCAACAUACACCUCCAUCAACAAACACCCCAUCAGCACACACCCUCAUCAACUACUCCUCCCCCAAUCAACAUACACCUCCAUCAACAAACACCCCAUCAGCACACACCCUCAUCAACUACUCCUCCCCCAAUCAACAUACACCUCCAUCAACAAACACCCCAUCAGCACACACCCUCAUCAACUACUCCUCCCCCAAUCAACAUACACCUCCAUCAACAAACACCCCAUCAGCACACACCCUCAUCAACUACUCCUCCCCCAAUCAACAUACACCUCCAUCAACAAACACCCCAUCAGCACACACCCUCAUCAACUACUCCUCCCCCAAUCAACAUACACCUCCAUCAACAAACACCCCAUCAGCACACACCCUCAUCAACUACUCCUCCCCCAAUCAACAUACACCUCCAUCAACAAACACCCCAUCAGCACACACCCUCAUCAACUACUCCUCCCCCAAUCAACAUACACCUCCAUCAACAAACACCCCAUCAGCACACACCCUCAUCAACUACUCCUCCCCCAAUCAACAUACACCUCCAUCAACAAACACCCCAUCAGCACACACCCUCAUCAACUACUCCUCCCCCAAUCAACAUACACCUCCAUCAACAAACACCCCAUCAGCACACACCCUCAUCAACUAA